GUGCGUUUGAGGGAACAUCACAUCGUCACUGUAAGCGUGUGAGCAGAAUGUGGGGAAUUCCCUAUGAGGUCAUCUCGGCCCCGCCCUGAAGUGACAUCACUUAGUUUUGUGCUGGAGCUGAUUUCCCGUUUCGGUUCAGUUCAGAUGGAGCUGAGCCGCUGCCUGUGAGUAACACACACUGAGGACUGUUCACACGUCUCACGCUCAGCACACUGAGAGAGACAUGAUAAGGUUACUCCUGCUGCUCGUCUUAGCACUGGGGCCAACCACCUGCGGUGGCUCUGCAGUGCAGGAGGUGAGGGGCACAGUGGGCAGGGCUGUGCGGCUAAAGUGCAACACUAGCGUCUCGCUUCCGGUCAAAGGCGUUUACUUUCAGAAGAAGAAUCUCUCCGGAUUGUACGAGAUCCUAGUUAACGGCUUUUACACCAAUUCGGUGAAAGAUUACCUACUCGAUGAGUACAGAAACAGAACCAGAGUCAACAGGACAGAGCGCAGCCUGGACUUCUGGGACCUAAAGGCAUCUGACGAGGGACACUACAAGUGUUUCUUCAUGCCCCAAGACACCCUCAAAGACUAUGACACCAUAUUUCAUCUCACAAUUACAGCCGAUUACAGUGUUCCCACGGUAACCAUGCGGGAGUGUAGUGACUGUGGCGAAGGUGCGCUGAGCUAUGAGCUGGGCUGCUCGUCGUUUGGGGGAUACCCUCUGGCCAACCUGAGCUGGACGGUGUCGGAGGGCAGUAAUGAGUUCCUCCUGCAGGAAGGGGGCAGCGUGAGCACAGCUGACAAACACUCCGGUGUCUGGAACGUCUCCCAAACCGUCAGGCUCAACUGCACACAGCCUACUAACGUCAGCUGCUCUGUAGGAGGUGUCGUCUCCCCUCCGAUCAGCAUAUGUAUACAGUCUUCUCCUGAGCACACGAAGGUGAAGGUGAUCAUAGCGAGUGUUAUGCUCUUUGUUUUCAUCUUCAUCUUCCUGAGCAUUUUGAUAAGGUGGAGACCGUGCAGAAGACCACAGCGCUCAGUCGAACACCGGACUGUUGAGGAUCAAGAGUUAAACCCCUCUUCUUUGGACCAGGCCAGCUGACCCCAGCCAAACCGGACUUGAACUGUAAGCAUCCUAAAGGUCCUGAAGAGUCCCGAACUUCUGGAGAUUGGGGCGGUUCUGCAGUUACAUGUGUACGUGUGCACAGAUGGCUCACUGAGUGGACAUACAAAGGACUUGUCGGCGGUCUGUACCGUGCAAUGGACCAAUGCAGUGAAGCUGCAGGGAUUGUGUGGACUGCUGGAAAGACUGAAGCCCUUUAAGGACUGGGGCAGCCAAGAUUUCCUUUGUAAAAAUUGUAAUCAUUUUUAUCCUUGAAUUAUUUUUUCAUUUUAGUAGGAGGCUACAUAUUGAAAGUAGGUGUCUUGUAAUGAAUGUGGGCCCUUAGCAGAGGUGGAAAGAGUGAAAAUUCCUACUUAAGUUAGAGCACUGCUGCUGUAGUGGCAAUUCACUUGAACAGUGAAAGCAAGUACAAGUAUUAAUCCAAAUACUAAGAGUAAACAAGUUGUUUAUUGAAAAAAAAAACUACUCAAGUAGUUACUUUAAAGUUAAUAUUUAGCUCAAGGGUUCGCUAGGCUUAUUGGCUACCAAAGCUAACCCAUUAGCUUACCUUGAACGUUAGCUUCCAUUAGCUAAAUUAGCUUGCUAACAGGCAAAAGAACAUAUAAGCUACAGCUUUAGAUCUAGAGUUGCUACUCUAAAUUAGUAAAAUAUGAAAAAAAAAUAGUAAAACAAUAAAAUUAGCUCUCUGAGCUAGUUGCAUCCUUAUUUUGGGGGCUGAGCUGUUGCAGCUAUUAAACAUGAACUUAGCUAAGUAUCUUCAUUGGAAAUAAAUUGCCUGUUUUAAUUUAUACAUGUAAACAAACAGCUACAGGGGAAAUACCUGCAAACACUGCACAGUUGUUAUAACUUGAUAUUUUCCACCUGUGUACUUUACUGACGUUUAAAGGAUUCCCACCAUCUCCAGCUUCCUCAGGUGUGCAGAGGUUCCAGUAAUCUGGAAGUAGUCUUGGGGACCAACUGAAGAUCAUUGCACGUUAGAACUGACUGUAUUUUUGCUUUUCUCAGGGGAAACCGUCAGUGUUCAGUAUGUCAUUUAAAAAAAACAAAAAAAACAAGUGUUUGUUUAACUCUCUGCAGUGAUCUCGCACUUUCUUUCUCGGCGCUGAAUCUGCUGACUGAAACGAUAAUUUUACUUCUUUGCUUUUUUUUACUUUCACAGACCGCUUUUAUAAAGUGGGUGCCUGUCGCUAUCUUUUCUCCAUUUAGCCAGUUUUUGUGGCUGAUGAUUAUAGAUUUCUUUUUAAAAACAGUUCUCAGUGAGAGAGGUACUGUAAUGAUGGACUGAUGUACUCUUGAUGUUAACGAUGUUCUGUACUCUUCAAAAUAGAGGAGCCAAAAUCUUUGCACGAUGCCAUAGAAGAUCCAUUCAGUGAAUGGUGAGGUAACACUUGAAACCCUGCUUCAUAACAUUGACAUAAGAUGCUAUGUACUGUAAUGAGUUGUUAUGAUUAUGUUCAGUGAUAUAACAGUGUCAUGUUACCAUUACCACCAACGGUCAUGACAUAGUGUGACAUAAACAUCGAGCAUUAUGGCCUAUAUAAUUACGAUUACAUGAGGAAUGUUAUGCUAAUGCUAACAUGACCAUCACAUGAUGCCAAAUAUUAUCUUUCAUGACAUGUGUAUGGCAUGUUUAUAUCAACGUUAUGAAGCCGAUGGCUCUUUAGAGAACGAACACAUAAUGUUAAGGUUCUUGGACAAACUGUUAAAUUAGUAUAGUAUCAUUUUUAGGUGAAUUUUGAAAAUAAUGUUUGCAAAAAAAUAGCGAGAUAAAUUGACUAAUGUUUCUUCAAGUUAUGCUAGACAAUUCAUGUGCAAGCUAGCACUGGUACCUUUAAAAGCACUUUUACGUGUGGACUGGCACAUGCAUGCCACAACACAAAAAAGGAAAAGGGAAUAAAUAUACUUAAUUAGUGAUUAAACAUUAUGAAACAUCCUAGUAACCACCUGAGAUACCAUAGCAACCACCCAAUAACCCCCUAAAGACCAUCUAGCAUAAUGAAGCAACCACCUAGCAACCCCCUUCACCUAGGAUCACCCUUGCAAUCCCAUAUUAUACCCUACCAACCACUUAGCAUCACCCUAAAGGCCACUUGGAUUAUCAUAGAAACCACCUAGCAACAUCCUAGCACCACCUGGGAUACCAUAUCAAGCACUUAGCAACAUGCUUGCUGCCACCUAAAAUACCAUAGAAACCAAAAAGCAUACUUGAUUAGUGAUUACACAUUACAAAACAUCCUAACAACCACUUGAUAUAUCAUAGCAACCACCUAGCAACCACCUUGGACACCAUUGCAAUCACCCAAUAACCAACUAGCGAUCAUCUGGCAUACCAUAGCAAACACUUAACAAACAGCCUAGCAACCACCCGGGGUACUGUGGCAGACACCUAGCAACCAUGAGCAACAGACUUCGGAUGCCAUUGCAUCUACCUAGAAACACCAUAGCAACUACCUGGGAUAUCUUAACAACCGAUUAGGAUUUAGCUGACAAUCGCAUUAGAUAUCAUAGCAGCCACAGAGUAACACCUCAAAAGGCACCCAAGAUACACUAAGCAACACUUUAGCAACCACCUGGGAUACUAUAGCAAGCAACCAUUCAACCCUUGAAAGGUUGUUCACAAUAUUUUUCAAACAUGGUUCUUUAAAGUCAUUCUUCUGUGGCAUCGCUCAAAGAACCCUUUGUUGCACUUUUUUUUAAUGGUGAAGUGAGUGAUAUAGCAAAAGUCCAACAAUCACAAUAAACAAUAUUUAAUAUUUCUGAGGUUUGAAAACAACAUGGAACUGACAAAAUGUACCAGCAAUAAAGCUGAGCUACAUUUAGAGUAUUUAAA